AGCCUUUCUGGCGCGGGCUGCCCGUCAAGAUGGCGCGACGCCGGCGGCGGCAGCCGUCGAGCAGCUGCGCGACGGCCCGGCCGAGCCGUUGGCGGUAGAGGUGCAGCCUCGCACGCCUUGAGGCGAGCUCAGGCCAUGCGGCGUGGGAUGAUGCUGCGGACAGGACCCGACGUCGCGAGCGCGCCGGGCGCCGACGCCUGCCCGGCGCGCGCUGCGGCGGCCGGCCGGCAUCCGAUCUCCGCGCUCCUGUUGGUCGGCCGAGGCACCUCUGGGGAGCUACCAGAGAGCCAGGCGCCCCGAUGCCUGCAUGACGGAGCCCCGCUCAGCCUCCAGCCCGCGGGGGAUCCGCAGGGCCCGCCCCGCGCCGGCGUGGGCCCCGCGGCGCCCGAGGCCCUGGCGGCGCUGGGAGCGGCGCCGGAGGCGCCGCAGCCGGUGGCGGUCGGCUCCAUGGCGGAGUUCCGGCCAGACAUGCCAGCCGCUCCAGGCAGUGCGCGCGUGGUCGCGCCGCCAGAGCAGCUGCGGGCAGGGCGCUCCCCGCGCAAGGCGCCGGCGCUGGCCUCGGCUGCGCGACCCGGCGCGUCGCCGGGGCCGUCGUUGCUGGUGGCCCCGGCGGCCUUGCGGGGCACCGAGGGGCACCCCGCAGGCGAGGCGGCGGGGGCGCCGACGGCGCGUGGCGCCCCAGGCGGGAGGCCUGGGACGACACCGACGACGCGAAGGGCCCCGUCGAAGACGACAGCGCCACACGACCAGCUGCUAGACUCCGCCGGGACGGCGAAGCUGCCGGGCCCGACAGUGGCGUUACCGUCGCAGGCGAAGCCAGAUCCGGCACAGGCGGCGGCGUCGCUAUCGCCCGCCAGGGCCAGCCUGCCUGGGCCGGACCAGCAGGGCGCGGUCGCCGUCAUCCGCCAGGGCCAGCCCGCCUGGGCCAGCCGCUCACCAGAGCGCAAGCGGGGGUCUGCCCCGCUGGCCGGCAAGAGGCUCGUCGAGAAGCGCCUUGCCACGGAGGCCCCCCGCGACGCAGCAGACGCUGCCGCCGAUCCUGCCCAGGCGGCGCCUCGUGGCGUCUACACGCGCGUGUUCCCGACUUCGUGGAACCACACCAGCAGGCCGAGGCCCUCACUCGCGCGCGAGGGCUCCUUGGAGACCGCCGCGCCCGUCAUGGAGACCACGGAUCCCUGGAGCACGGUCAGGAUGAGCGACUAUAGCAUCGAACAGUUGCCCGCCAGCCUCCAGCACCCCUCCUCGUCGUCGCGCGCCUCCCCAGAGUCGACCUGCUCGACGAUGGAGCCCAGAUUCCUCGUCUCGCCCCAGGACUGGCCGGAGGCCGUGGUCGCGCGGGCGGGCGGCGCGGUGAUUUCUCCGGCCCGCGGCAGCGCCAGCUCGGCCGAGGGCGAGCUGGUCUGCAUAGGCGCCCCGACGGGCCCCCCGGGCGGCGCGCGGAGGCCUGGCACGUCGCCGGCCGCUCCGCGAGCGCGCCCGAGGUCACCCGCGCGGGCGGGCGGCGGGGUGACUUCUCCGGCCCGCUGCAGCGCCAGCUCGGCCGAGGGCGAGCUGGUCUGCAUAGGCGCCCCGACGGGCCCCCCGGCCGGCGCGCCGAGGCCCGGCACGUCGCCCGCCGCUCCGCGGGCGCGCCCGAGGUCGCCCGCGCGGGCCGCGCCUCCGGCGGCGCCCGCGGCCCCCGAGGCCACCGCGGGGAUGCCGCGGCACACCCGGAGGUUCCUGGGCUCGAAGGACCCGCCCCGCGGCGCCGCCGCGGCCGAGGCGCAGGGCUGCCGCGACGGCGCCGCAGAGGCCCACGCGCAGCACGCCGGCCUGCGGCCGCCGCGGCGCCAGCGGGCGGGCCCGCGGCGCGCGGCCGGCGCGGCAGAGGGCGCCGCGGGCGGCGCGGCGGCGGACCCCCACGCGCGAGGGGGCAGCCCCCGCGCGGGCCGCUCGCGGCAGGCGUCCCCGCGGGUCACCUCCCCGCAGGGCCAGCGGGGCCUGAGGCUGGUCCUGCCCGGCGCCCGGGAGGGCGGGCGCAGCCCCUCGCCCAUGGCGGUCUUCGCGGCCGCGGGCGCGGUGAGCCCGAGGCCGUGGUUCCCGCCCGGGGAGGGGCCCUGCAGCCCGAGGUCCAUCACCGCCGAGCUGGCCAGCGAGGGCUCCGCGCUCGGGGGCUCCAUCCGGCUGGAGGCGUCGGCUGAGGGCGAGGGGCUCCAGCCCGCGCCGGGGCCCUGGUCCAGGGCGACCACGCAGAGGUCCAUCGCGGAGGGGGCGCCCACGGCCGGGGUGCAGAGGUCGGUGCGGCUGCUGCAGGCGCUGCACGCCAUGCGCCGCCUGGCGGGCGACGAAGACGAGGGCGGCGAAGGGGACGCGGAGGGCUGCCUUCUGAACAACACGCUCCUGAACACCGAGGACUCUUCCGAGCAGCUGUGGCAACAGGAGGAGCAGAUGGUCAAGCAUGUGGGCUUCACUGCCGAGGCUGGGGGCGCGAGGCACGCCUCGCAGGCCGUGACGUGCCGGGUGCUGGAGAUCGUCCGGCGGAAGAGGCAGCUGUUGCAGACGGUGGAGGCCCGCACCCAGCUGUUCGAGGCGGAGGUCGCGCGCAAGGGCGACCUGCUGCGCGAGGUGGUGGCCGGAACGCUCGAGAGCCCACCGGAGCUGAUGAGGCUGGAGGACUUUCUCGAGUCGGUCACGCACCCCGGGGAGCUGGCUGAGGCAAACAGGGCCGACUUCAGCCUCUUCGCCUCCACGUUCAGGCUGCCAGCGGAUCACGGCACCCUGGUGCGCCUGCGGGAGCAGCGGGGCGAGAUGGCCCUCUGGUGGGCGGAGUCCUGCAUGGCGGAGGCGGCGAAGGGCACGGACUACGCCGCUCUCAAGACCAUGCGCGACAUCGCGAUGAUGGCGGGGCUCGACAGGGACCACUUCCUCUCCUUCCGGAUGAAGCGCGUCCUGAUCGACCGCGUCGCAGACUGGGCGGUGGAGCAGGCCGAGCUGGCCCGCCAGCACGCGGACGCCCCGGGCACCACGCUGGCCGCGGACGCGAGGAAGGUGGAGGACACCAUCGAGAGCGCCGUCAAGGAGGGCGUGCCGGAGUCGGACCCCCGGAUCCGCCAGGCGCGCGCGGCGAUGAAGGCCAUCCGCGACGCCGACUUCGCGCGGCGGCGGCGCGAGCAGGCCGAGCAGCGGCGGCAGCGCGGCGCGCUCGCCUGAGGGGGCACGGCGCUCGCGCGGCCCGCGCGGCCCGCGGCCGCGCCGCCGCGCCGCGGCGAUGCUGCGCUCGGGGAGGAUCCUGCCUCGCUCCUCCUGCCUCGCUCCUCCUCCUGCCCUCCUCCUCUCUCCUUCUAGGCCGCCGCCGUGGCGAGCGAGAGGGGAUCGAAGCGAACGUAGUUUCUCAUGCUCUCGACCCGUCGUGUGCAUGGCGGCGCCGCCACAGAACUGCCUCUGUGGCGGGGGGACCCCCUGUGGCCUCCACUGUAUAACUCAUACGCGGCACCAGGGGAGCGGCAACCAGUGCCACGACGCGGAAGCAUCGCGUUCCUGGCUUUUUCCAGCGCCUCCUCCGUUUCACCUACAACGCUUGGGCCGCUUCACUGGCAGACGCCUGGGCUGUUGCGGGAUGCGCUCGUCGCUCUCGCCCUCCCUCCCUCUAUCGAGCUCGUGCUGUGCGGCCGGCUCGCCUCGUGCUUCGGCCCCGGCGGCGACCCCGGCCCGGGCCGUUCAGGAGUGGAACGCCCGCCAGUGGGCCGGAGUCGGCCGAUGUCGAACGAGCCGGAGAUCGGGAGUGGACAGAACCCCCACCCUGACACGGCGAUUGGUGGAUUGUCCGUUUUCGGUUCUCGAGAGGGCGCCGCGGCCGUCAU